UUGUGAGCUACCAGUAUAGUGAUUACCAUCGUUCGGCGUCGUCAUUGGCAGCAUUACAUUUGCUACUGUGGGCGGAACGAGACAUUAUCCGGGUUUUUAAAAUCAAGCGAAGUUUCUGUACGAAGCGAAACAAUUAAUUUUCUUUCGUCGAUGUAUCUAUUUCGUUGGAAAUUGCCUCGUAGCCUAAGCUGUAGUAAUGUCGCAAAUAUAGCAGCGCGUCACCGACUUGUUAUUCCUUCAUCUCAAAGGUAUUAUUGUGCUAUCCAGCCUUUAACAAGCCACAGUCCAUCUGAUAAACUAAGCUAUUUCUUUGGUCCAUCUGGUAAACCAUUUCUCGGCUCAACAAUUGGUCAGGUGGUAGAUGAAGCAGCUGAACUAUACCCAGAUCGUGAUGCAUACGUAUUUUGUGAAAGUGGAAGGAGAGCAACAUUUGCAGAACUCAAAAUCAAGGCUGACAAACUUGCUGCAGGGUUUCUAGCUCUUGGUCUCAAGAGGGGUGACAGAGUUGGAAUAUGGGGGCCAAAUCUUGAAGAGUGGAUUUUAACGCAAUUUGCUACCGCAAAGGCUGGGAUGGUGCUGGUUAACAUAAAUCCAGCCUAUCAGGUAGCUGAAGCUCAUUAUGCACUGAAAAAGGUUGGUUGCAAAGCUCUCGUAUCUGUUUCAAGUCACAAAACGUCAGAUUACUAUGGAAUGUUAAGUGAAAUUGCACCAGAACUGCCUGAUUCUAAGCCUGGCUGGCUUCACAGUGAACAUAUACCAAUGCUUCAACAAGUAAUUAUAAUUGGAGAUGAAAAAUUUAGUGGCACACUCUCUUUUGAUGAGGUGAUGCAGGCUGGUGGGAAUAAUGAAAUGGAGGAACUUAAUACCCUUCAGCAACGCCUGCAGUUUGAUGAUCCAAUUAAUAUACAGUUCACCUCAGGUACUACCGGUAAUCCAAAAGGAGCUACAUUGAGUCAUCACAAUAUUCUCAACAAUUCUUUUAUGAUUGGUUCAACAGCUAAAUAUACAGACGAGUAUUCGAAAAUUUGCAUCCCUGUUCCCUUAUAUCACUGCUUUGGAAUGGUGCUUGGAAGUUUAUCGUCCGUCGUCUUUGGGGCAACUGCAGUUUAUCCUUCGUCUAGUUUCGAUGCUCGGGCGUCACUUGCUGCCUGCCAAGCUGAAAAAUGUACGUCACUUUAUGGCACGCCCACCAUGUUUAUUGACAUGCUUAACCAAGAGGAACUGGUCCAAUUCGAUCUUAAUUCUUUACGUACAGGUAUCAUGGCUGGGUCUCAGUGUCAUAUUGAAAUAAUGAACGCCGUAAUUGAGAAGCUGCAUAUACCUGAAAUGACGAUUUGCUAUGGUUUGACUGAACUCUCUCCUGUCUGCUGUCAAACCCAAAUUGACGAUCCUGUUGAAAUUCGAGUCUCAACUGUUGGAAGAAUGACUUCGCAUACAGAGGGUAAAAUAGUGAAUGAAAAUGGCGAGAUAAUUCCUGUGGGUGAAGAUGGUGAACUGUGCGUGCGAGGUUAUUGUGUCAUGUUAGGAUACUGGGAUGAUGAAGACAAAACGAAAAGUACCAUAGACGCCAGCCGUUGGUUACACACAGGAGAUAAAGCAUCAAUGGAUGAAAAUGGAUAUGUAAAAAUUGUUGGCCGAAUCAAGGACAUGAUCAUAAGAGGAGGAGAAAAUAUCUAUCCGGCCGAAAUCGAACAAUUUUUAUACCAUCAUCCAAAAAUUCAAGAAGUUGAGGUAAUUGGUGUACCAGAUAAGAGACUUGGUGAAGAAAUUUGCGCGUGGAUAAGGUUAAAGAAGGACGAGACCGCUACAGCGGAUGAAAUAAAGGAGUUUUGUAAGGGAAAGAUUUCCCACUUCAAAAUUCCACGCUAUAUCAAGUUUGUAGAUGAUAUGCCAAUGACAGUCACGGGAAAGGUGAAAAAGUACGUAAUGCGCGAGGUUUCAGCAAAAGAACUGGGAUUGGAAUAAAAUACGAAAUGCUAUAGCCUUGGGCUCUUAGCACGUCUCCAGGAUCCUUGUGGGGAACAUGACAGUAAUUUCCUCAUAAAUUUCACCAUGCAUCUUCACUGCAUGCAUUCAUUGAAUAGACCUUUUCGGUAAUUACGUCACAACAUUAUCGGUUUUAAAUUUAGAACCACCUUAAAUGAGAUGAUUUCAAAGUUUGCAAAGAUACAAAACAUCAUUCUAUAACCCGUCAUUUUGAUUAUAAUAAGUAUGGAAAUAAGCCAUAACGCGGGACGAGGCUUGCGGUCUUGGCCCCUCAGCCCCGUUCUCGUGUUAUGGCUUAUUUCCACAAUAAUUGGUCAAAACAAAAAAUAUUUUUCAUGCAUAUGUUGAAGAAGCACGUGGCUUGUGAAAGUAAAACUUGAAAUCCAUAAGGUGGUUCUAAAUUUAAAACGUUGCGAUGUUAAAAAGUUGUGACGUAAUUACCGGGAAGGUCUAUUGCUUUCGUGAUUUUUAUUCCAAGAUCCCCCCCCCCCUCUCCUAUAGGCAGGUAGUUGACAGGUAGUUAAAUUUUACGUACAUUAGUUAUAUUGAAAAAUACAUUUUUAAGCUCAUGUGUUUUAAUAUAUACCGGAAUGGCCAAACAUUAGUGUAUAGCUAAAUAUAUGUAUAUACACAUAAUAUCAUAAUACAGGUGCGUAGAGUUACACACACUAUGUACACACGUGGCACAUUAGCCACGGUGUCUUUCUUGAACCAAAUGCAUGAAUAAAUUGCACGUAAUAAAGAACCAUAUACAAUGUAGUUAGGUUAUUCUAUUACGCAGGUGAGAUACGUCGGCAUUUUAAUUGGAUAUUCCAUGGGAUAAUCUAAUAAAUUGAUUGCGCUUUUGAA